CUGUGGUAGAAACCUUUCGUAUGAAUCCUGAAAGUGAAGGCGGAAACUUUCAGGCUGUAUGGCCCACUCCAGUCAAGAUGUUCGUCUUCAGACUUCCUCUUCUUGCAGCAGCACCCUGGACAGCGACCGGGCCCCCGUGAGCAGCUCCUGCGAGGCCUUUUGAGACGCGUCGGUGUGCUUGAAGGGACGGACAUGGACGGAUGCUUCACACGCUCUCGGGAGGGGAAGUCUGAAAGCCUGAAAGACUCCACUUAGAGGAAUGUUCAAGAAGAUUAAUAACGCGUGCCGUCCCAACCAUCACGGACACAGAGGGCAGGAUGAUGGCGGUGGCGGUGGCGGUGGCGGUGGCGGUGGCGAUGGUGGGUUUCGGUCCGAGCAUGAAUACCACAACGCCUGCACCAUCAGGCUGGUCCGCAGCACCUCCAUGCUGGUGGUGGGAGAGAAAAGUCACGCGGCCGCGGGCUCGACUUUGAGACGGAGCAAGAGCACCGUGAGCAUCGAGUCGACCGUGUACUACUACCAGAGACGAGAGGACAGGGUAUGGCUCUACUCUCAGAAUCAGAACUGCCUGGAGUACCUGGAAGCGCUCGUGGCUUUGAGGCGACAAUACACGAAGAGCGUGAUGGACUUGAAAAGUAACCACGCCAAGGCCACGGUGACCUCCAAGAAGAAGUCUGCGCCGCCGCCGCCGCCUGCUAAGGGAGAGCCGAUAUCCAGAGCCAAACCCUCCGCGCCUCCGGUCCCCAGCGAGGAGGACACGUUGCGGUUCUUCGACGCGGUCAUCGCCGGCUGCGACGGCGAAGCGCCGCGCAAACCGUAUCUGGAUGACGGCCACGCCGACGUGGACUUCAUAGUGGCCUCCAGCUCGGCCGAUCACGACCUCCACUCCAACUGGGUGCUGCGGGUUCCUCGUGCCGCGGACGACCCCGAGCAGAAGCGGUCGGCGACCGCAGCCCCGAAGAAGAAGAAGAAGAACCAGAGUGGGUCCACGAGCAGCCGACUGCGGCUGCAGAGGAACCCGAUCCAUCUGCCCAAAGUGGUGCAGAGCGCCUUCCAGACGCUGCGCUUCAAGCCCAAAUUAAAAAAGCAGCUGCUUGAGAGAACGUCUGUGUUUCUGACUGCUGGGGAGAACAACAGUGGCCUUUCUAAUAGGCUGGACCACAGUCGGCCCCAGAGAGCCGAGUCCUCUGUCACCGGCAUGCAGUCGAGAACAAAGUGGGUCUAAAUUUAGGCCUCGAUAUGGCUUCAUAAACCCAGAGUCCGAUCCCCUCUCCAUCUUUGAACUUGCUCUCAUUAGAAAUAAGAUGAUUCCAAUUAACUUCUCUGCGGAGGUGUAGGAGUUUAUUGCAGCCAGCAGGCGGUAGACGGUCGGUUACACCCUGCCGAGCACAUUGAACAGCCCCGUGGUCCCAUCUAUCUCCGUGGCCUCAUUUGUGGUGGUGGUCCAAAGCGGGGGUGGCUGGUUUACAGUUCACAUAUCGACUCAGCCUCGAGCUGUCCCGGCACCACCAUGUGCUACCAAAGGAGUCCUUUUUUGUUUUGUUUUUUACCCCACUUUAUUUUUUAUCUUCAGGAUUUAUAGGUGGGAAAAAAAAGAGCUGACUUCAAGAGCAAACAUGUUCACAUUUUUUAUAAUUUUUUUGUAACUGUCAUGGCUGCCAAGAGGAGCAGGUUAUAAAUAGAAAGACGACAUCACUUUAAGGUGCCCGCUUUCUCUGUAUGGAUACAGACAUAGGCUGUUAUUUCACACAGCUGUUAAAUCCCCCCGCAGAUCUCCAACUCAAGGAGGUAAUGCACACAUUAAUACAAGACAUGCAUUGUGCAAAAAAAAAAAAAAAACAGAUGUGGAGAGAACUCCCACUUGGCAGCAGAAGCCCCUUUGAGUCAUCAUCUGGGAUUCCCUUCCUCUCACUUCCAAAUAUGGGUGUGAUUGUGAGAGCGGGAGGCAGAAUGAGUGGAACCCCCUCGUGACGUCAGAGCUGUGGAGCAGUGAGCCUCGCUCUGACUGGAAAUUCACAGGAAGGAAUGUCGGGAAUGCGAGAAUCACCCAAAUGCUAUUCCCACAUUGUGUGUUUGUAAAGAGUUUUAGCACACAAGCCUCAUGUACACACACACACACACACACACACACACACGCACACUCGAUGUUCUUCGCCAGUUCUCUCAUUGGGGAGAUGUUCUUUCCAGUAAAGUCUUGUUCCUCUUCAUCCCACGAGGACGGUGACUCCUUAUUCCCGGCAUCUGUUGCUCUGUGUGAGGCU